AUGACCGCUUUGGAGCAGCUGCUGUGGUCGGGUGCGGAUACACGUGACCUGGGGGCUGCGGAUCUUCGCCGGCUUGUAGCGGAGAACAUUGGCGGCGACCAAACUGCACCGCAUCUCGAAGACUUGGCCUUGCACCUUGUCCGCCGCGACAUUGAAACCGCACUAGGUUUCGUAAACGCCCAAGAGCAGGUACUCGUAGCGGAAUCUGCUUCAAACGCACACUUUUGGGCACACUACCUACGCGCCAUAGCUUUGAUACUUGCGUUCGUGCGUGAUCAGUGGACGGGGCCGCCGCUUCCUGCCACUUGGCCACUUCGGGUCACCAGGUCCACGAAGGAGCCCGAACGAGACACUCUCGCUGUUGAUGGCGAAGACUGGCUAGCGGCGUGCGCGCCUGCCUGUGCCCUGCUGGAGGCGACGCGGUGCCUCGCUGAGCUGGACUGGACCUCAGCGUAUCAGGCCUGGUGGUAUGUUCGCGCACUGUGGCUCUACCAACAGUGUUUAUCAGGUCCAUCUGCGCUUUUGCGGGACCAGAUCCUGAGUAUUGGGAAAGCUAUAGCGCUCUCGAAUACGAUUGAGGUGCAGGUUGUGGUGCCGCCUUUCAGCCGACCUCGCUACCGGAUGCAGCAGGUUACCGCUUCAUGGACAUUCGAUGGAACGCUCGCCGAAACUUUCCUGUCCAGUAUGGAGUUCUCUCUGAUGAACCAUUAUUAUAGCUUCGGAGAAGUUGCGAGGGAGUUUCUGGAGCAUGCUGCGAGCAGGAUAGGUGCCCGCAUCUGCUUCAGCGGCGAACGUGGCAUUCGACUGCGGUACCAGAAGCGCCCCAUGGCGUUGUUGCGUGUGCGUAUCGACCGCAGCAGCAGCAUCAGCACCACAAGCCACGAUGGGACUCCAGCACCCGAUACGCACCCGGUUUCUGGCGGAAGGCGCUGUGCUGAACAUGCCACCGGACACUGUGGAACCCAUUGUAACGAGGAUGCCGUCCCGCCUGAAACAGCGACUAGGGUUGAUCGUCGCGAAACGGAUUGCCAAAACAAGGAGAAGCACGACAAUGCGAGCAGCCUGGAUCUAUCUGGGGCAACGUCUCGGGGUGCCACUCUCGAAUGUUGCGGAACGACAGCAGAGGCACGCUCGUUCGGAAGCGAGCCUCGCCUCGAGUCGGCAAGCAAAGCGAGCUGUGCAGUGCCCAGUAGCCAAGCGGUCAUGAUACCGGACUCGAGUUGCCGUGCGGUGUUGCCUGCUUCCGCACAUGAUCAUCAAGGGACUGAUGCACCUCCGGAGACCGAAUCUGCGGCAGUGGUCGUUCGAGACGCUCACUCGUCUCCAUAUGCAGCGGGAAUGCCACGUGCAAUACCGCUGCGCGACGACGAGUACCUGGGCCAUACGGUAUGCAUCGAGAGCGUCGGCUCUGAGCAGGUAUCACCACAUCCGCUCUCAGUCACAGAUUGUAUCUUGCUUUCGGGACUUGUAGCCAUUGAUGCUUCACAACAGGUCACAACUGCGCUCUCAAAGGAAAACAUUCGGUCUUGUGUGGAGUACAUCAUCGAGGCAACCGAGCGAUCAACCGAAGCGCAGGCAGAGCACGCCCUGCUUCGAGCAUAUGCGCUACUCGUGCGCACUCGCCUCGAACUAGAUCGUGCUCGAUUUCAGGAAAGAGUCAUGGAGCAAAUGGAGGAACUUGUGGAACGCUUUUACAACGACACGCAACCUCGACCUGAACUGACGAAGCACCUCUGGUACGCAUUCGCUACUGCCUAUCCACUACGAUGGCAGAUGCAACGCGAAUGGGCCGGGAUGCUCGGUCGUCUCGGUUUGGUGAAAUCCGCACUGGACGUUUUCCAAUCACUCGAGAUGUGGGAGCACGCAGUCGAUUGCCACCGACUCAUGGGCAACUGGACGCGAGCCUACCAAAUGCUCAUAGAGCUGCUUCGCGUCCGUGACCGUAGUCCGCGUUUGCUCUGUGUGCUCGGCGAUGUGUUGGUCAUGAUGCCUGAACGAGAUCGCCCGCUGGACGAACAUCGCACCCCCGAGGCGCUCUACAACCAAGCCUGGCAAAUCAGCGGUGAGCGAUACGCACGAGCCCAGCGUUCACUUGGACGCCUGGCAAUGCGCCGUGGCGACUGGCAGCGUGCCUAUGAACAUUUUCGCCGAGCGCUGACUGUGAAUCCCCUGCACCAGGAUAUAUGGUUCGCUUGUGGCUUUUGUGCACAGAAACUUGGACGCUGGGACUGGGCCUCUGAGUCCUACACAAGCGCCGUGCAGUACGAACCCGAGCAUGCCGAGGCCUGGAGCAACCUAGGGCAUGCUCUCCUGCGGCAGACCAUGGCCGAGGAAGCGGGUAACCCAGCGUCAAUGCUCAAACGACACCGCGUUGUCAAGUGUUUCGCAGAAGCGGCCCGUUUACGCCCUGAAUCAUGGCAGGUAUGGCAGAAUCUCCUGAUCGCUGCCACUGGUGCCAAAGAAUGGGCGUUGGCACUUCGAGCACAGAGCAAGCUCCUCGAGUUUCGCGGACGCGACGGCUACGAUCACGCCGCUCUCGCAGCGAUACUCGCUGCCAUGAGCGACGUUCUGGAUGAAACCUCGGUUACCGACCAGGAUGUGCAUGUGGAUGACCCGGUCAGGGUGCGUCAAAUGAGCGCCCUUGAGUCGCUGUUACGCAGUGUAGCAGCGACAGGUAUCAGCGAUCCGAUCGUUUGGGACGCGUUGCGUCGUUGUGCAACCAGGCACGGCAAUCUAGCGGAAGCGCUUGAGUACAGUCGCAAGACGAUCCGAGCACUCGAGACAGCGACACGUCCGUCGCAGUUCGGGUCGAAAAAGAUGGCUUCGGCCGGGGCUGGGCUCCAGCAGACGGCGCCGCAGCCACCACAGCAGUUCACGCUUGCGGAGGCAUACCUCGCACUGGCGGAAACGCUUAUGUUGGUACGCCAGCAGCGAAGCUCGAGUCACGAUCGUGAGCUCGAGAACGACGAUCUCCUGCUGCGUACGAUUCCGGAUCGAUCUGCUGCGUCCCAGGUGCGGUUGUUUCUCGAGCGCUACCAUGUCCACGAUGAGACAAACAAGGUGUGUAUUGAGCGUUUACGGGAAAUCGCCAAGCAACUCGGUAUCCUGUCGGGCAGCGAUUUUGUGAGCACAUCUCAGGCAAAUGGUGAGACGCAAUAG